ACUUAAUUGUAUUCAAACUCACAAGCUGAUACUUAAGCAUCAUCUCAUUCUAUGCAACUGAGAGAGCUGGAAACCAAUGGGUCAGUUCACUCUCCUUGUCGAACGUGGCGAACAGGGUAGUUCGGAAACACCGAACCGGUAGCCGACACGUGGACAGAGAUGAUACGGCCCGGCGUUGACUAUAAGUAACCGCCUUGUGCGGUUGACGCACCAUUCUCAUGGGCGGACUGCACAAGUUUAGACCACCAAAGAAGCUCUUCGGUCUUCACCUCCAUCGUACCCAUCUCUCUUCCUGCGCCACCGGUCACCGCCGAACCCCGCACUGGACCUCGUCAAACCACAUCCUCCAGAAUCAUCCUCGCUUACUCUCCCUCGAGGCUUGCCCCUCGCUUCCCGGCCUUCGAGCCACCCUCGCCUUCGCCGUCGUCUCCGGUCUCUUCCACAACCCCUUCGUCUCCAGCCGCCUCCUCCUCCACGCCACCUCCUUCGACUUCGCCUUUUCCUCCCUAAUUUUUCGAUGUAUGGAAUCUCCGAACCUUUUCUCCUGGAACACCGUCAUCAGAGCCGCCGCGGCCUCUGACGACCGGCGCCCCUCGGUCGCCUUCUCCCUGUACGCCGAAAUGCUACAGAGAGCCACUCUUCCAGAUAAGUACACCUUCCCUUUCUUGCUCAAGGCCUGCCGUUCCCCCUGUGAUCUUGGUUAUGGCAGACUAUUCCAUUGCCAUGCAUUGAUCUUCGGUCUCGGCAAUGAUGCAUUCAUGCAGACUGCACUCAUGUCGAUGUACUUAUCGUGUGGGCAUUUAGUUGACGCACGUCACGUGUUCGAUGAGAUUGCUCAAAGGGAUGUUGUCGUCUGGACUGCGACGAUCUCGGGUCUGGUCGAUAGAUGUUGCCAUGAGGAUGCUUUUGGGGUGUUCAAAGAGAUGAGAAUGUUCGACCAAGAUGUCACUCCUAAUGUGGCGACCAUGGUUUCAGCCAUGUCGGCGGUUGUGGGCUUAGGGUCUUUGGCUCUUGUCAAGAGCUUGCAUGCUAACAUGGAGAAGGUAGGUUUGGAAGGCGAUGUCUUUGUUAGGAAUUCACUGAUCGAUACUUAUGCCAAAUGCGGAAGCAUUGCUUGUGCCUUGCAAGUGUUUGAUAGUAUGAGUGUAAAGGAUUUGCAUUCUUGGACAGCCAUGAUAACGGCUUUAGCUUCGCAUGGCCUUGGCAGGGAGGCCAUUGAAGCAUACUCGAGGAUGUGUGAAACGGGUGUGUUGCCAGAUUCCACUACUUUCAUUGCUGUCCUUUCUGCUUGCAGCCAUGCUGGAUUAGUGAAUGAGGGGAUUGAGAUCUUUAAUUCUAUGGAAAGGGCUUACAAAGUUGUUCCCGAGCAAAAGCAUUACGGAUGCAUGGUGGAUCUUUUGAGUCGGGCAGGCCUCUUAGCUCGCGCAUACGAUUUCAUCAUAAGAAUGCCCAUGAAACCCAAUUUGGCGAUACUGGGUGCUUUAUUGAGUGCAUGUAGAGCUCAGAAUGACUUAGAACUAGGUGAACUUGUUGCGAAGAAAAUUGAGUCAUUAUGCCAAUAUAAGGGAGGUGCAGAUGUCCUUUUAUCUAACAUGUAUGCUGAUCAGCAACGAUGGCACGGAGUGGUUUCUAUAAGAGAAGCAGCAAGAAAGGAUGCAAAAAAGCCUCCUGCACAAAGUUGGAUUUGAGGCAGGAACAUACUUGAUAAUUUCUUGGUUGAAUUCUGGUCACAUCCGCAUCCUAAUUAGAUGCUUUUACUGCAGGAGGGUCGAGAAGGUUCUUUGAUAUAUGGCUUGUCUCUUCAUGUGCUUGAUCCUCUCUCAUAAUGGAAUGCCCCAGUGGGAAUGGAAGUAGCUUGAUAAACUGCAGAAAGACAAUGCAAGGUCUUUAUGAAGCUUCUCAAUUUCAAGUAGAAGUGGCUGAUAGGACAAGGCUUUAAUGAUGAUGGAGAUUGGUACCAGUUGUUCUCUACCUGUGAUUUUUAGAGCUUAAUUUUGAUGAAUAAAUAAGGAGAUCUAGUGUCAACAUGCCUUUUUUUUUCUAGAAAAGCAAAUUUGGAAUUAUGACUCUAUGAUGCCAAAGCUGCUUGCUAUUCAUAAUAAACAUCAGAGGUUAUGCGAAUGAGAACGGAACUGCAAAUUGAAAGAAUUUAUUUAUUUCCAUUGAUUGGUUUAUAGAUGGAACUGGGAAUUUAAGAUAUUUCUUUGUUUCCUUUGACCUUUAUGGAACAUUGUGCAGAGAGAAAACAUGGACUUUAGUAAUGCAUAUGCUUCAAAUUAAGUUAGGAUUAAUCCAUGGAGAUUGAUAGCCGUCACCCAGGAGUGAUUUUGGUAUAUUGCAUCUCAUGAUUUGUACAUGGAAUGACUUGAGUGUGUGUUGGUCUUGGAAAGAACAUAUAAUGUGACAAAGUGGAUAGGCUAAGGACAUGGUUCAUAAGGCAGUUUAUGUUUUGUAAAAUUCCUAAUAGGUUAUGCCUGUGAUAUUAAAGGUAGUUGUUCUCAGAGAUAUGUAGCCAGUUGGACCUAUUUGACAGUAAUAUUUCCUGAUUGAUUUUAUUUUAAUAUCCAAAAUUUGUUGAUUAUCCAAAUUGAUUUGCAUCUGAUGAUACUUUAGCAAUUGAAACAUUCUACUACAUGUAUUUCCAGGAUGCACACAAAUUACUUGAGCAAGUGGAAUUUAACUACUGCAAUGGAG